UUUGUGUGACCACAAGGGAAGAGCUGACGUACGAGAUGUUGAUCUUGGAGCCUCGGGUGUCUGAUGACGAGACUCCUGAAUCUGAGGCUUCCAUCGGGACAGCAGACAGCUCUGAAAACAUAACCAUGGAGACCAUAGGAGCCGCCUCCAACGCCUCAGAACACGGCACUUACCGCUCUAGGAAGUUGGAGACAAAAAGCAGACGAGCGCUCCGUCGUCAGCCAGACUCCCAGGACUCGGCAGAUUCCACCUCCACCAUCUCCUCCUCCUACCACCCGUCCACCUCUCUCUCCUCCUCUAACGCCUCUGCCUCUCCAUCCCCUCACUACCGGUUCCGCUCCUCUUCUUCGGGGCCCCUGCUCACUUCCUGUGGUUUGGGGGCCCCGCUGGCUGAGGCAGAGAUGGGUCACAGAUCCGGUAAGAUUCAGCCCAGACUCAGACUGAGCCGCAGCUCACCACGAGAGCCCUCUGCCUCUCACCGCAGGGAGUCGGACUUCAGCUCGGGGCCGCAGCAGCUGGUUCUGUAUGGCAGCAACGAGUUCAUGGUUUGAAGCAGAGGAGGACAAGAAAUAACGCCGCACGUUAGCUGUGAAAAAACAGGAGGGGGACUGGGUGUGUCUCAGUAGGAGAGGAGGGAGAGGCUGGUCAGGGAGCGAGGCCUGCUGCUCCUCGUUAUUUUCACCUCCCUCCAAUCACGGUCCAGCUCAACGCUGGAAGCUGCUGUCAAAAAGAAGCGAAGACAGGACCAAUCACACAGUGGGGACAAAGCAACUGAAAAACAAAUGUGAAUAACACACAGUAUAGAGUGAAGUUUGUUGACCUUCGGACCUCUGCUGUUUGACCCCUGCUGGAGAACCAGGGGAGACGGACGAAGGAAAAAAGAUAAAGGUGGGCAAAGGAAAGGGAAGGUGAAGAAACGUAGGGAAAAGGAAAACAAACAAACAAACAAACACUCCUGCAAAGCCAAAUCCUGUUGUGCCCAUCAUUAUUUUUGAGCAUGUGGUCUUGUGGUUAAAGCAACCCGGAAGAAAUGUAGCCAAACCUGAGUGAACUGGUCCACAAUUGUCUUUAACCAGCGCCAAGUUAGGUCUGCUGUUCACGUUUACGUCAUCCAUUAGAUCUGAAGAAACUGUACAGGUAUAUGUUACACAACUGUACAUUAUUAUUAUUAUUGUUAUUAUUAUUAUAAUUAUUAUUAUUAUUAUGUUACAGAGGAAAUGGAUGCACAGAUAAAGAGAAGUCCAGUGCUGCUCCUGGGUUGUGCGUUGUUCAUUUUUUCUUUCUUUUUCCACUGUUUCUUGUUUUGUGAAGUGAAGUGUCUAAAAUUCAGGUUCCAUUUCUCUUUCUUCACCUUUUCCACAUGUCUCUUUUCUUAUCCACAAAAAUGACCAGAGCCAAUUUUUUUGCCAGCCCCUUUGGGCUCCAGUUUUUAACUCAAUGACGAUAAAAGAAGGAAAUGCUGUGAGUCUUUUUUUUUUUCUUUCACAAGCGUACAGUACACGCACUCGGCCCGUGCUCGGUCCAACGCCCACCGUGAGUGUUUUUUUAUUUGUUGUUUUUCCGUUUAUUUCAAUCAGAAGCAUCAGUGUUACUUUGUCAGGACUUGAAGUUUUUGUUUUAAUAUAUGCUGUUUGUGUAUUAUACCUAAUUGUCAUUGAUAUCUUGUUUUUUUGUUGUUGUCAAUAUUGUACAUUUGUUUAGUUUUGUUCAGACAAAAGCCAUUUCUUUCCUCUAUGUUAUGUCUGAGUGUCAUGCCAUGGUUGUGGUGUCGGUCUCUCAUCUUUACACACAUUUCAACAACACCUUUUCAAAAUAAGCUGCAAAACUCAUAAACCGUGUGUGAGAAAUGGAGGCAGUGAUCUGGACCAAACCUUCAUGUCUGUACGGAGGUAGUGGCAGGGUACAGUAUUGGAGUAGGUUCAUGUAUGGCCCACACAAAUGGACCUAAAUAAACCUGCCAAAAAUGAUGUCAAAGAUGUUAGAGUGAGACAGGAGACGGCACAGAUGAGGCAAAGAGCUGCAACCAGCUCAUAUUUUUGUAACUGAUUAAUCAAAGAGUCUUUUUUCUUCUUGUUGUUAUGUAACUCAUUCGCAUUUGCUCCAUAAAAUGCAGACGUUGCCGAUGGUUGUUGCCAUAUUUUCAGUGUAACGUUAUAGAUGUGCAACGCAGAAAAAGUUGACUUUUUAAAAAAAAAUUAAAUUCUUAUUUAAUUUAAUUAUUCUGUUAAUAAUUGUUGUCGACUAAAUAAUAAUCAAAAUUCGUUGCAGCCCAAGCACACAGUUUGAGCUAAUGCAUUCUGUUGUGCUCUAUCUUCUGUUUUCUUCUAAACAGGAUUUAGAUAACAAUGUUAACAAUAAUGUCCUAUUGUGGACGAGCUAAGACUUGUGGAAUUUGGAGAUGGAAUUUCAGUCAAAUAAAUUAAUUUUGCCUUUUGUCCUUAGGCUAGCAUUAAAUAUGAACUAAACAGAGUUCAACAGUAAUCCACCAUCCUUUGGCACAGCCGCCUGGUGAACUAAGCCAUCAAUAAUACACACUAACUAUUUCAGUCUUAUCUUCCCUUGGCUCUGGCUGUGAAAUGUAGCAUUUUAUCUUCCAUUCAACCAGAUCAAAAAGUAGCAACUGACUCAGACCGCGUCCGCAUCCAUAACGUUUCCCGAUGGACUGUCCAUUUCCUGAUAUUGAGUUUUUUGGGCCUAUUCAGUAGCUUAACAACAAUGUACUGUCUGCACUAAAGCACCGUAUCUCUCCUUGCCCGAUGCACCGGUUGGCCUUGAGGCGACUUCUGCUCUGAUUUGUCCUUGAGUCUGGACGUCUCGGUGAAGAUUUUAUCCAGGCACGAAAAACCCGCAAUUUCUUUGUCCUUUCAUAUCAUUAACUGCCAACAUAAAACACACACUCACACAUACACGGGAGAUGAAACGACUUCCUGGUCAAAUAUCCAUAGCCAGGUAAAGUGUUGAUAUUUGUACUGGUCCACGCUGUCUAUAAUCUGCAAAAACAAAGACGGAAAAAAAAAAGAAAAGAAAAAA